CGGACGACCGGACGUUCCAAUCUGCCGGAAAAGAUUUUCAUACACUUAUUCUCCGCUGGAAAAUAUUCACGUUCGAUCUAUAUCGCGAAAUAUAGUAUUUAAUCCGUUCUUGGUUUCCAGCAUUUAUCGAUAAACACGAGGGGGAGAAAAAAAAGAUACGAAGAAGUGUUCGAGAUCGAAUUUGGACGACCUCUUUCGACAUACUUGACAGUCAUUUCUCACUAAUAAUCAAAGAUUACGAUCUAUGCAAAACUCGAGAGAGUGCUCGAUAAGAUAUCGGCAUUGACGCAUGUACUUAUCUUGGAGACAAUUUUUAUCUUCGGCAAAGGCAUCGAGCUUAGAAAUUCUUCUCGACUUUUCCCAGAUUUGACGUAUGUAUAUACGUAAACACGGAUCACCUAUAUUCGACAUUAUCAGCCAGAUCGCCUCCCAUUAACCGCUCGCGAUAUUUGCACGAGAGAUCUUGCAAUUUAGAUAACAAUUUCGUUUUCCACUUUAUAACCCAAUUAACCCUUUUCAACGAUUAAUUCCCUCCCUCCACUUUCAACAAAUUCCCCUUACGUCAUCUUUGCGAUAUAUUUAUUUAUUUGUUUACUUAUUUAUUUUUCUCUCUCUACCGUCAUCAUCUUAAUAUACUCGUCCCCGAAAAUUUCCUCUCCCUCAACUCUCCUUGAAAAAUUUCCGAACGAAAUAUUUUUCAAAACGAUUCCCUUAUCGAGCUUUCCUCCGAGGGAAAUGUCGUAAUCGACUCAACGAGCGAAAAUAGGGAGUCGAUCGGCGGUUACCAGCCGAUCUCUCGAGAGCGGCGAGACAAAGAGGCGGAGAAGGAGGAUGGAGGGAGAAGGGAGAAAAGAAGAAGGGAGAGGGGGGAGGAGUUAAGGACGCAGACACACGACGAGUGAACGCCGUGUUUCGUGACGAUGGUUAACCACCACGCUCUCUGCGCGGCAUGGCAUACCGCGACAAAAUUAGCGACCAACCGAAAUAAUUUACCACCGAACCCCCCGAACAGGGUCUUCGUUUCGCGAAUGACCCUGAAAACCGACAUGGAUCGGCCGCGUUCCUUCGUCCGCGUCCACAUCCGCGCCCAUUAUCAUCCGGACGCCCAUUUCUCAGCCGCGUAUUUUUUUUACUACGCGAAUAAAGAAAUUUUCCGGAACGCUAGUUUGUAUUCAGAGUGAUUAAAAAGAAAUUUUUUUAAAACGACGAGACGUUCGAAUUUCCACGUUUCUUUCGAAACAUUUUGAAAGUGGUUCCUUGAUUGCCUGAUAGGAUUUGCAUCCUCGUACGUUAUAACGCGAGAGUAAUGGAUGAUACGACGUUGCAUCGUCGGUAAGCUAUUAGACGAGGUCGCCUAAUGUUAUCGCUAAAAGACGAUCUGCAACGUAAAAAUAUAUGUAAAUGCCGGGAUCAUCGGAAAUGAAUUUCAAUUUUCACAUUGACGCGCGUAUUAAUAACGAUAAUGGAUCGAAUACAAUGCCUACCUCCUCCGGAAAAACUAUCUACGUACGUGGGAUUUCAUUGAAAAUCUAACGAUACGAUUCCUCUCCUUAGUUUUUCUACGGACAAGGUAAAAAUUAAUUACAAGAUAUGCAAUCCGUAUAAUCGAAAUUCAAAGAGAAGUACGGACGUCAUUAUACGAAUGAUUCAUCGGUUAGUUAAAUAAGCAGUCAAUAUCCGUUUCUGCGAAACAUCGAUCUGUGUAAAUCGUCACCUUUCACUCGAAGGCAACUUUUUCUUUUUUUGUCACUUCCCAAGAAUUUUUCCUUCCCAUCGUUUUCCGACUUUUGCCUCUCGUUGCCCACCUCCGCAACUGGAAUGGAAUCGCGAACAAUUACGGCCAAUUGUUAAUUGGCCCCGCGCGAAUGAUCCUUUAUGAAAUCAUUUAACAACAAUAAAGAUCAAUCGUUUAAAAAUAGAUGGUGCGGAGUUAAAAACAAGACGUGGACUGAAAUAGAAAUUGCGGCCAAUUUUACGAGGAUUACUCAUCAUCAUCAUCGAUAAGGAUUAUCGUCGAUUUAAAAAAAAAAAAAAUUGGAUAUUUUUAGUGACGAAAAUCGAUAUCGUUCGUGGUUGAUAUACACGUAUUUUCGUUUUCUAGUUAAUGGUAUCAAUGGGAUAUCGUUCGAGUAAUCGGAUGUAGUAAGAUGCACACGAGGCGAGGAGGGUUUAUCGAAUGUAUGAAAGAAUAAGAAAGCGGGGGGGAGGGUGAUGGUAUGAAAUAAAAUUUGUCGGUUGCAUCCACCCUUCUCUCUCCGUUGAAGCGGUAACCUGCAGUUGAGCGCGGCAAUAGAGGCCGGAGCAGAGUCAGUCUGCGCGAGUCUUUCGAGUAGUGAACGUCGCGUUCUCUGUCCGCUCGUCGGUUUCGUUCACUGUUCAAUUGAAACCAUCUUUUUUUCCACUCGUCUUUCGCUCUUCCACGCAUCGUUCGCUCCCAAAGCAAGAGAAUUUGUCGAACAGCCGAUUUUAUUUAAUCAAAAUAAAAAAUAAAAAAUAAAAAGGAAAAGUCGAGAAGAGAAAUAAAUUCAUCGGAAACAUUCCAGCACAGAUGGUCAGAGGAUCGUUGCCUGAUAUCGCAGUGACGAUGGCAUCGGGAAGAGAAAUUUACGGUGCAUUCAGCUUGAUCGUUGACGAUGUCGAUUCCCAUUCGAUAUCAAGCGAGAACUCGGAUUUGGAUGGUUUAUCGAAUGAAACCAGUUCCCAGAACUCGUCCUCUCAAACGCCAUUGGACAGUCCAGGCGGACCUAGGGAAAAAAUCAAGCAGAUGCAAGUGGAAGCCGAAACUAGAAGAGGGGAAUUUGCGAGAUUACUCGAGGAACACGCUCAGGUAGUAAGAAAAUUAAAAAUGAUGGAGGCUGAGGAGCAACUCUCGGCAACUGGAAACGUUGUUGGAGCCACGCACGCGUGAUUCCAUUGUUAACAAUCAUCGUAAAACAGUUGUGAGGAUUGGGACCACCGCGCCUACGCGAUACACGCGCCGAUUCUUUAAGUGCGAAUUGGAAAUUUAACGGAAAGUGUUGUGUGGAUUUAAUGAAUAGUUUUGUGCGUUUAUUAAUAAAUAACGAUGAUCCAAAAUAGAACAAUGAGAAAUGUAAGAGGAAACUAUUUUUUAAACAAACGUAUAUUUCUAUAGUCUGAAAAUUAUUAUCUGUAUAAUUUCUAUAAGAUGAAAUUUGUUGAGAUUACUUUUUAAACAACGAUACAUUACCAAAAUGGGAUAGGAAAAAAUGUGCAAAUUGAAAAUAAAAUCCUUGAUCACUGCUUAUUCGUAGGAAAUAUGAUAGAAAUCUUACCACUAUGACGAAAAUCGCGUCACAAUUGAUAAAUCUUUAAACGUGAAACGAACUUUUUGCCCCUCUCUAUAAUUUUAUAUAAAACGCUAUAGCGUUUGCAUGUUCGUUUUUAUUUCUUAAAACGAAUCUAAUUCUAAGUGAUGUAGAUAUAUAAAAAUAGAAAUGAUCAAGCGAAAUUUGACAAAAUUUGUUGCUCAUUGCUCUAGAAUUUGGCAAAAAAAAUGUUCAAAAUUGAUUAAUACGGGAAUAUAUUCUCGAUUUGCGUUUAUCAUGAAGUCUGAAAAACUUCUUCUUUAAGACAAUAAUAAAAAAAACAUACAUUCGGUAUACAUUCUUUAUAAUCUUGAAAUAAUCAGGAUUAAUGUAUCCGAUAUAUAUACGCAGCAAAAAUGGCUGGCCUAAAUAUGUAGUACAAACUUUCAAAAAAACAAAGAACAAAGUAUAAUACUAAUUAAAAUAACGAGGAGUUUCAGUUUUAGUACUGUUUUCAAUAAAUCAUCAUUUUGUAGAACAUUUUCAUUUUCAAAAGAAAAUGUCGAAAUUGUAACUAUGUAGUAAAUAAGUAGUAAAUAAGUACAAGCUUCUACAUUUUAUAGCAUUGUAUAUUUAAGUGUUCCAUAUGUAUAAGUGAGUAAUUUUAUAUACCAUGGAAGCAUAUAUAGAUUCAUAUGAUAGCAUAGGAGUCUAAGCCUGCCGUAAUACACGUCAACUUUUUGUAAAUAGAAUUCUCUUUUAAUAUAAUGCAUCGUUUAAGAUGUUUAUCCACAAGAAGCCUUAUAAUAUACGUAGUUACACACUAAAAAAAAGAAAUCAUUAUUGAGAACCUUAUUUUACGAUUGUUAUAACAUAUAUUAUGUAAGGUUCGCAUUAAAUACGGACCAAAUAAUCACGAGUAUAAUCUUUUUUGUCUCUAUGUGCACAUUGCGUCAGGUUUUUAUUGAUAUAAAUUAGAUAUUAUUAGGCAUUUAUAGAAAUAUGCAUAUAUACAUAUGUAUUAUAAAAAAAAUAUAUAUAUAUAGAAACAUUUAGUUUAUUGUUAAGAAAUUUUUCAACAUAAUACGUCAAACAUAUAAUGUAAAAGAAUUUAUCUCUUUUUUUUUUUAAUGAUAUUUAAAACAUAUAUUAUAUUAUAUUUAAAUUAAAAAGAUUAGUUUUAGUGUUAAAAGUAUAUUCAUUUAAUUCAAUGAUAAAGAAGCUUAUUUUGAAGAAUACAUUAUUGUUUUGUUAUCAUGUUUGUCAACAUAGUAAUGUAAUAAAAAAUGAAUACUAUGUAUUGAAGAUAUUGCUAGUCUAAGUACAAUAACUUCAUAUAAUACAAACAAAUAUGUAUUAUAAAUUAUGUAAAGUGUAUUUAGAUGUAACUAAAAUUAUAAGUGCUGUAUAUUGAAAAAAAUAUAUAUAUACUUUAUUCAAUUAAAUAUAUACAUUUCUUAUCACAGAAA